AUGGCAGAGCUUGUGGCCCUCAGUGGGAGACUAGGAUCAGCCUGGAGUUAUGAAGGGCCCAAGAGCAGCAGGAGCCACGCGGGGCUGGCGCCCCCAGCGCCGGGGUUGAGGGAGGCCGGCACCGCGCCGGGCUGGAAGGGGGGCGCGGAAUCGGGGCUUUUUAGGACCCAGCGCGGCGCCUCCCUCCGGGGGCGAGUGCGGCUGCGCGCGCCGUGUGCUUGUGUCCGGAGAGCGGCGGGCUGGACGCGGACCGCGCGAGCGAGCAAGCGAGCAAGCGAGCAAGCGAGCCUAGCAGCAGCCAGGGCGGCAGCGGCGUCGCGGCGGCGGCGGCCGCUCCGCGCCUCGCCUCCCCGGCCUCGCCGGCUUGGCCGGCCUCGCCUCGCCGCGCCUGGACCCGCCACCCCCGCCUCCCGGUCGCGACCGCCGCAGCCCCCUCGCCUUGACCCGCACCUUCAACCGCCUGCCCGAAGCGGGGCGCGAAGCGCGGGGCGUACAGGCACCGGAGUCGGUGCCCACCGGCCUCGCAGACCGAAGCCAGCCCGGAGAAACCCCGAGCCCGGCCCCGCGCAGCUCCGCCACAGCCCGGGAGCUGUCCCUUCAGCACCGCCGCCGGAGCCAGAGCGUAGCCCCGCGGAAGCCCAGCUCAAGGCGGAGCGCGCACCGAGCGCAGCGCUCCGCGGCCGCCGCACCGAGCAGCGCCCCGGGUGCCCCUGCCCAGGGGGCCCGCCAUCUCCUCCAAGAGGCGGGGAGAAGGAGCGAGGAGGGCGGGCGGGCAGGCAGGCGCGCCCGCCGCCGGGGGGAGCAGGCAGCCAGGCAAGGAGAGAGGGAGGGGGCCGGAGCCCGCCCUGCGCCCCGAGCAGCAGCCCGGCCACGCAGGGAGGAAGGCAACGGUCAUCCAUCUCUCCAGCGCCGAGAGAGCGCUGCGGCGACCACUGCACAGCAGAGCGCGAAUUUCCCGGCCCCCUCUCCACCCCUCCCCCUUCCGGGGGCUGA